AUGGCGCGCCCAGCCACCGUUCUUUCCCUUGCCCUCGCCGCCCUCGGCCUGUACUUCGUCGCCCACGCCUUCUCCAAGCGCUUCCGCCAGCUGGCCCAGUUCCCGGGGCCUCGGUGGGCCGCGCAUUCGCGCUGGUGGCUCGUCCGCGUGGUCAACUCGGGCUCGUCGCCCUACACCUUCGUCGAUGUCAGCAAAAAGUACGGCCCCAUGGCCCGCAUAGGCCCCAACCACCUCCUCACCACCGACCCCGACUUUGUGCGCCGCAUCCUCUCCGCCCACUCGCGCUACACCCGCGGGCCCUGGUACGACUCGAUGCGAAUCGAUCCCCAUGUGCCCAACAUCGUCUCGGAGCGCGGUGUCGCCAAGCACCACAAGCUGCGCUACCAGAUGUCCGCCGGCUAUGCCGGCAAGGACAUUGAGGGCGUCGAAGCCGCCGUCGACGAGCGCCUGAUGCACUUCAUCGACACCAUCGAAAACCGCUGGAUCUCCAAGCCCGGCGACUCCAAGGUCUUCGACAUCGCCCGCCGCAUCCAGUUCUUCACCCUGGACAUGAUCAGCCAGCUGUGCUUUGGCAGGAGCCUGGGCUUCGUCGAGGCAGACGACGACUCGUUCAAAUUCCAGGCCACGGUCGAGUGGCAGAUGCCCAUCGUCGGCCUGUUUUCCGUCAUUAUCGAACUGAGCCACCUAUACACCAUCCUGUCCAGCAUUCCGUUCAUUAGAAGAGUCAUUGUGCCCUCGGCCGGGGACAAGAUCGGAAUUGGCCCGAUCAUGGCGAUUUCCCGUGAGGUGAUCAACGAACGACUUUCCCCGGGCGCGGAACAAAAAAAGGACAUGCUUGGCUCGUUCCUCAAACGCGGCCUUACCCCAGACGAGGUCGAGACGGAAAUUUCGAUAUCCCUAAUUGCCGGAUCCGACACCACAGCCACUGCCAUGCGCGCAAGUCUCCUUGCCAUCAUUUCCAAUCCCCGUGUAUACUCACGCUUGACUCGCGAGAUCGAUGACGCAAUCGCCGCCGGGAAGGUCUCUUCACCCAUUCGCGACAGCGAAGCCAGGAACCUUCCUUACCUCCAGGCCGUGAUCAAGGAGGGACUUCGCCGCUUCUCGCCCAUCACUCAGCUUCGUGAAAGAGUGGUGCCCCCGCAAGGCGACACCUUUGACGGCAAAUUCAUCCCGGGCGGCACCUUCAUCGGCAUCAAUUCCUGGACCAUCCAAUGUCAUCCCGUCUACGGUGACGAUCCCGAGGUUUUCAGGCCGGAACGCUGGCUCAUCGAUGACGAAGAGCGCUUGAAGCAGAUGACGCAGAUUCACGAGUUGAUCUUCGGCUGGGGAACGACGAGAUGUCUCGGCGUCCCCAUCGCUUUGAUGAACUUGAACAAGCUCUUCGUCGAGAUGCUCAGGCGGUAUGACAUCGAGGUUGUCAACCCGUACAAGCCGUGGCACAGCGAAUGCUACGGCAUCUUCUUUCAACGGGAUUUCAACGUUCGUAUUUCCCACCGGCAGGCUGGUUCUGCAUAG